ACUUCUAAAAAUAUCCAAAACUCGAAAUAAAAACUUUAAAACCCUGAUUUUAGAACUAACAUCUUUUCUUUUCUAAUUCUUUUGCUCUAAACUAAAUUUUAAAAACUAAAGAAUGAUUACUUUAUAAAUAACUUAAAAAAGAUAUAAUAAUUUUUCAAAACUUCUACAACCAUUUCCAAACACACCUAAGUUUUUUUCAGCUCUAUAAAAUUGAGUUAUUUCUGUGUCAUUUGGUUUAGUUUUGUUCGAAUUGCUUAAUCGUAAGAGUUGAAUCUAUAAUUGAUAAACAAAUCCGUUUAACAUUUUUGAAGAAGUAGUUCUCAAGAGAAAUUAAUAUCAUAGUAUAUUAAAAAUUAUGAAAUGAUGUUUAAGUGAUUGUGAACAUAAAUAAUUUUAUUUGUGUAGUUUAAUAUUUUUAAUAAUAUUAUUGACAUGUAGAAAUAAUUUAUAUGUAUUACCAACCACUAACAAAAAAUAAAUCAUCAACCUAAUUCUAUUAAUUUUAUAUAUUUAUAAUUCUUAUGAAAAUAAAAAGAUUAUAAAAUUUAUAUUUUUAAGAUAUUAGUUAUCAGUGUAUUUUUAAAAAUACAAAACAUAAAAGAAAUUUGAAAAUAUGAAAAUAAAAUACAUAUUAAGUGUUUGAAUUGUAUUCAUUAACCUUUAAGCCAGGGAAGCGAAAAACACAAUGAACAUAAUGAAACAACUAAUCCAAAAAGUUAAACUACUAAAUUUGUUUUUUUAUUAUUAUGAUAAAAUUUGUUAUAACAGCAUUAAUGGGGGUGCUUAGAGGGGAGGGGGAGCUUAACAAAAAAUUAAUAUAAUAGUGGGUGGGAUCUACACAAAAAUUAAGCACAUGUGCUUCUUCUGCCUAUUUAAGCGUCGGUGUUAACUCUGUUUCGCGGGUUCUACUGAUAUGUGACGGUCCGCGAUUGGUUCGUUUUUAAUUUCUUUUUUUGAAAUUAGAGAAGAAAAAAAAAUUAAGCACCUCAAAUAGAGUGCUAGGAUUAAUGGUGCUCUUAGUGACCAAUUUUUUAUUUGUUUAUUAUUAGAUAAAAUGGUUUAGUUUCGUUCAGAUUGUUUAAACCGUUAGAUUCGAUCAAAUUUUUUUCUCUGGGCGCUUAAACUUUCCUUUUUUUGAGUAACUCAGAAAAGGAAAUUAUUAACUCGAAUUUCCUUUUUUCCGUGUCUGUGUUAGUCACCGACGUAACUGAACCCAAAUCUACAAAAGACUCAUAUCUCUUCUCCUUAGCUCCACUUCCUUCUAUUUUGCUCUCUUCCACUAUUUUCUUUUACGUUUUUCUCCAUUGCGAUUCAAACCCUAAAAUUUCUUUUCAGAGCGAUUAUUUCUCGAAACCCUAGAAAAUCAACUCCGAUUGAAAAGAUGCAGUCAAACGAAGAAUUCGUGAAGUUUCUUGGAGAAGGCGCUUACGGUUACGUUAACCUAGUCCGCUACACUAACCCCGACGACGGCUCUUCGUUUCUCUCCGCCGUCAAAAAUUCUUACGACGCAGACUACGACACUCUCCAAAAAGAGUUAGAGAUUCUUCUCAAACUCAGGGGAUGUCCCAGGAUCGUUACAUGUUUCGGUCACUCUCUUCGUCAAGGUCUCAGCAAUUACGGUAACAAAGUCCACAAGCUUCAACUCGAGUACGCUUCCGAAGGUAGUUUAAACGCUUUCAUGGACCAUUACGCCGACAGAAAGUUGCCGGAGCCGUUGGUAAAAGAUUUCACGCGAAUGAUUCUCGAAGGUUUGGUCUCGAUUCACGACCAUGGUUAUGUUCACUGCGACAUCAAACCAGACAACUUACUUGUCUUCCCUUCGAGACAAGAUUCGUUCGAGCUCAAGAUUUCUGACUUCGGCAACACGUUAGAGGUGGGAGAGGUUCCUAAAUUCUGGGAAAGCGAGUUCCCGUGGGUGGGGACUCCUAUCUACAUGCCGCCUGAGUCUGUCCGUGACGGCUUCGCCAACAAAGGAAUAGAUUUGUGGUCGGUGGGGUGUUUGGUACUGGAGAUGUACACGGGCGUGAUUCCUUGGGAAGGUGUUAAUAUCAAUCUUCUAGCGACUCGUCUUCGUUGUGGUAAAGCUCCUGAGAUCCCUGAGAGUUUGCCUUCUGAUGCAAAGGCUUUUAUUGAAACGUGUUUCUCAAGGAAUCCUGAGGAGAGAGGAAGCGCGCGUGAGUUGUUGCUUCAUCCCUUCUUGCCUCGUCCACAAGUUGAAGAAGAAGCAGAGGACAAGAAGACAAGUAACUCGUUUCUGUUGAAGCUGUUCAAGUUGAGAAUCAGACGAACAAGUUCCAACAAGAAACCAACGGCGGAUGUUGUUGCUGUUUCAGACAAAAAGCCUCUGAAGUUCAGGUUUUUCCCGACAAAGACCACACAGUUUAAGAGAACUCUGAACAAAGUCUUGAGGUUGAAGAAAUCGACAGACUUCAAUUUAGUGUCUGUCCAUUAAGUUUUAGUCUGUAGUUAUCUGAUGAUUAACUUUUGUCUGUAGCUUUCUGUUGAUUAAGGUUUAGUAAGUACUUUCUCUUGAUUAGUUUGUAGAUCAAGAUUUCAUGUACCUAUAGUCUCAUGUUAACAAAGUAGUUCUUUUCUCAGCAAAAUCUCAAUCUUUUUUACUGUGGUUAGCACUCCAAAAACCAUCUUCUUAACUCUAAGAAUCCUAAUACGCCUGAAAAGAGGACGUUAAAUCUGAACAAGCUUUACAACCUAACAACACAGUUCCCUUAUUCAAAAACUUAUCUACUAUAUGGGUUGCUCUGUUGAUAUAGAGCCGUGGACGGUGAAGCAAGCUGUUUUUAUCAAAUGUUAUUCAAACUGUUUUCUAAAAGUGGAAAUAGAUUUCGUUGCUCCUGAAAGCGUAGGGGUAUGUCUUAGGCUAUCAGAAGAGUUCCUGCGGCUACCAGAAGACCACAGAUUCAACAAAGAUUAGUACUUAGAGAACCAUUAUGACAAGUGAAUCACUUGAGAAUCAUUGCCUUUCAUUCUGAACAGCUACAGAUGUAACUAGCGUUCCACAAGCUGUAAUGUUAAGCCUGAGGCAUUAUCAUUACAGCUUUAAACAGAACACAUAGCUACUAAACUCCCAUUAAAACAAAAGCAUUACUAAACUAGGCAACACAAAAGCUUUCUAUGUCUCGUCUCGGAACAUAAAAGACAUGGGAAGAGACUUUGAAAUUGUUAUCUAGCCAAUCAAUCAUCACUCCUCGAAUCAAAAGCCAUGUGACAAAGAGAGAUGUUUCAUCAGAAAUAAAUAACAAAGCAGAAAGAGUGCAUCAGACUAUACACUUAUCAUUUGAUUUUGUGUGAAAUCUUACCAUCAAAUAUGCAAGAUAUCAACAGACGACUGAAAUAUAAGUCAUCUAGAUCGUAAACAUAACUCCUAAACUUAAUUAACUAACUAAACAUUUCAUAAAAUCAAAUUAAACUUCAAAGUGUUUACUAUACACAAAAAUAAAUACAUAUAGGUAAAAAAUUAAUUUUUCCAAAAUCUAACCCUAAAAAUACAUACAAUACUACAACCCAUAUGUUGUCAAACCCUAGAUCAAAGAAUAUCAUAAUUAACUACCUACACUCAUCUAUGUUGAAAACAAUUCAGUUUUGUUAUAUUUUAAUUUAUAUCAUUUAAAACUGUUUAUAGUUACAUGAUUUUAAUUUUUCGCUUAUCAAAAUAUUUUUUUUUAAAUUAUAAAUUAUUUUUAAGAUCAGCUACAUCAGAAGACUUACUUUGAAGUCGUCCAGACGACUUCCAACAUCUUAGACGACUCAGACGACGUACUAAGGCUAUAUUCGUAAAAAUGGCUUCUGUUUUUUUGUUUGGUCACAAGGGGCUGUGCUGUAAUUUCACAAGGCUUUUAGAUUAGUUUUGCAUUUGAUUCAAGUUUGGAUAUAGGUUUGGGGUUAAAAUCAAGUUGUAGAUUAGUUUUGACAAAUUUCCCAAUAAACUAAAUCACUUCAUAAAUAAUAGUAUAGAUCAUAACUUCACUUAUUUUAACCAAAAUUUCAACCGUCAGAACCAUAAAAUUGAGUUGUUCAACUAAAACAGCAGAAAUCAAGAUUUAUCAACAAACGGUAAAAUCCUGUUUUAUGUAAUUAAUUAAGUAUCAUAAUAUUAAAUAUUUGGUUAAAUUGAAAUAUAAAAUACAGUAGUUUUUGUUACAAAUAUAGUUUUAAAAAUAUUUCUUUAAAUAAUAUAAUCAAUUUAUUAUUAAUAAUAUUAAUUAUGUGUUUAGUCUUUAACUAAUAGCAUUCAAAUGCUAGAAAUAUUAUGAUAAAUAGUAAAAACAAACAACUUAACAUCAUGAUGUUCUAGUCAAAAUAAAUACUAACUAGUUAAUUAUCCGUACCUUGUGCGGACUAAUAAUAUAUAUAUACUUAACAAUUUUUAGUUUUAAUGUUUAUUUUAUUAAGAAGUUAAAUUUUUAAAUUAGGUACAAAAUUUAAAUUACCUUUAUAAUAUGAAACUAUGAUAUUCAUAUUGGUAAUUAAUAUAUUAAAUUUACUCUUUUGUUUCAUAGUUGUAUUUAUGGGAUAUAGAUGUUGGAUCAAAAUCUUAUAGUAAUAAUAAUUUUAGGAAACUUCGAUUUGAAGUUAAAAUUUAUAUAUAUAUAUAUAUAUAUAUAUAUAUAUAUAUAUAUAUAUACUUAAUUUAUUUGUGGACUGAAAAGAAAAAAGUUAUAAACAAUCACAACAUAAUAUUAUUCAUGAUAUUUAAAACUAAAUAUAAGAUAAACGUAAUUUUGAUAUUAUUGGUUGAUAUUGUUAAUAUCAAUGGUUAAUAUCUAUUUAUUAAUUAAAUAUUCUAAAUAUCUUGAUAAGUAUAUAUAUAUAUAUAUAUAUAUAUAUAUAUAUAUAUAUAUAUAUUAAAAUAUCUAUUUUUAAAUAACAGUAUAUAUAUAGAUAUAUAUAUAGAUAUAUAUAUAUAUCAGUUGCAUAAGUUAAUGUUUAUUGAUUAUCAUAAAUAUCAUUAUAUUUAUUAAAUAAAAUUUAAAUAAUAAUAUUAAUUAAAUUAAUAAUUUAUCCUAAAAUAAUGGAGAAGAUGACAAGUAAGCAAAUUCACUUCUCAGAUAAUAAUAUAUAUAAUUAUUUAUUAAUUAAAUGUUCUAAAUAUCUUGAUAAGAAUAUAAAUUAAAAUAUAUAUGUUAAAUAAUAUUAUAUAUAUAUAAGUUGAAUAAUUUAACGUUUAUUGAUUAUCAUUAUAUUUAUUAAAUAAAAUUUUAAAUAACUAUAUAAAUUAAAUUAAUGAUUUAUCCUAAAAUAUAUUUAUUUAUUUAGUUCAAUGUUCUAAAUAUCUUGAUAAGUAUAUAUAUUACAAUAUAUCUUUUUAAAUAACAGUAUAUAUAUAUCAUUUGAAUAAUUUAAUGUUUAUUGAUUAUUUUAUAUAUCAUUAUAUUUAUUAAAUAAUUUUAAAAUAAUUAUAUUAAUUAAUAAAUGAUUUAUCCUAAAAUUAUAGGGUCUGACUGGUGACCAUUAUGGAAACAAGAUGAUUGAAUAAAAAAUAAAUGUAGAAGAAUAAAAUAGCAGGAAUGAAAAGGAACAUGUGUUUCUUUUCAAGUUUUAGAAAGAAUGAUUUUCUUCUUUAUUUACCUACAGAAAAAUGAAUGAAAGCGAAUGAGAGGAAAAAGUUAUUUCUUGUGAAUAAUGAUGUUUUUAGAAACGUUAUGAAAUGCAUUGUUCCUAAUCCUCGUCAUUCCUCGGUCACUAGUCAUAUAGAGAAUAUGAUAAGUAACGAAAUUCACUUCUCAAAUAAUAAUAUAGAUAUAGAUUACAAAAAAAAAAAUUAUAUUCAUACACAACAACGAACACAACUUCAAUCUAUAUGCUACUUGAAAUCUGAAGCAUAUUUAUCUUUCACGAACGGACAAGUGUCCAGGGCUGGAAUCCAUAGUUUGACAAAUUGAAAAUAUUAAUUCUCAAUAGGAAAACAGAUGAUUAGAAAUAUGUAUCGUGUGUUGGACAUAUUUUCACGACAAAACCAGGGAGAGAGAGAGAGAAAAAAAUGGAUUAUCAGGAGAUCUCUCCACGUGGUUGUAUGUAGUAAUUCUUUAAUCUAGCAACGCAAGUAGUGACUUUAAUCAUGAUUACUUCAGCAAAACAUAAAAAUUAAUAAAAUAGAUUAUUGCCAUGUUUCAGUCCAUCAAACAAGGCAGAUUUGUUGGAUGAUAUCUCAACACAAUGCUAAUAAGCAAACUUUAUACUAUACAUAUUUUAAGUUUCUUAAUUUAGCUAAAACGAGCAAUACAAGUGCAACAGUCCACGAGACAAGCUUAUUUUAACUAUUAAUUUAUAAUGUUUACUGAUACGCUUACGUACUUCUAGAUUGCUUAUAUAUGAGCUUUCUUGUUUGAUUAAAGUUCUAGUCGAAUCUGUCUGCAUGUGUCUCAGCGCUUAUUCAAAUGAUAUUUAUUACACGUUAAUCUCCUAACUGCUUUUAAUGAAAACAUUGAGAAUUUUGAACAAUGUGUACUAAAAACACAAAGUAUAGGUCUGAGAGUUCAUAACAUAUUUGUGUAUAAAUAUGUGAUAUAAAUGUAUUAUGUAUAUACCAAUAUAUACAUGAACUUUCAUUAUUGUGUUCAGAAAUUUUUCCAAUUAUAAAGUAGAUUUAAAUUAAUAGUAAACCCUUUCUAAAAAAGUAGAUUUAAAAUCAAGAUUUUUAUAGUAAUAUCUUUAUAGAUAUUUUUUUAGAUGAACUGAAAUAUCUUUAUAGAUAUCUGUACAGAAAGUGGGAACGUGUUAUAUGUUAGAUGAACUGAAAUAUCUUUAUAGAUAUUUUUUGGCCUUUAUACUGCAAAUAAAUAAAUAAUCGAGUCACCAUGCCACCACAUACAUCAAAGUCAACGGAAUCUUUUGCUAACGUUUCAAAACCUACCAUAUCAAGAUAAUAAUAAGUUAAUUACGUAUCGAGUACAGAUGCAGUGAACAUAAGACGAUAACUUUUUUUGCUAUUUUGGUAUGCUAGCGUUUAAACUAUAUUCUCUUUCCUUUGAACAAAUUUUUUUUUGGGAAAAAACUAUAUUUUUUUCCUAAAAAAAACUAUAGAUUCGCGACUGAGUGCAAAUUUUAUACUAAUCUACUUUUUCAGUAGCACUAGGGAUUACUCCGCGCUACGCACAGAACUAUAUUAAUUUUCAAACUUUAAUUAUCUAACUAUUUUAUUGUUUUAUAGCAAAUGGUAAUAUUAAAAUAUAUUUUUAAUAUAUUAUUUACAUAUUAUUUAUUUUAUUUAACAUUUUUCAGAUAGAUAGUUUAUAUACAUUUUCUAUUUCUUAUAUUGUAUAUUUACUUAUACUAAUAUUACGCUAGAUAUUAAAUGUAACAUUCUUAUUUCUUAUAUUGUACAUUUAAUUAUUGUUUAGUUUUUUAUUAUUAUAUUGUAUAUUUAUUUAUUCUAAUAUUGUUUUAUUUUAUAUUAAAUAACAAUAUUGAGAUAAUAUUUUAACGUAAUAUUUGUAUUUCUUCUACUGCAUAUUUACUUAUUAUUUACUUUUUUUCUUAUAUUGCAUAUUUAUUUAUUCUAAUAUUAUGAUAUAUGUUUAAUGUAAUAUUUAUAUUUUUAAAUUGUAUAUUUACUGAUUAUUUAUUUUAGUAUAAAAAUUUAAGAUAGAUUUUUAAUUUAGUUUUUCUAUUUCUUAUAUUGUAUAUUUAUUAUUUUUUUCUUAUAUUUUAUAUUUACUUAUUCU